CAUCAUCUCUCUCCUAACAUUUUCCAUAUAUUGCCUGAAUAUUCAGUUACAUCAUUCUCUACAACUACACCAGUAAAACUUGCGGAAUUCGUCUCAAAACCCACUAAGAUGACAAGUCUUUUCUCCCAAGACCCUCACAUCAAUCCUAUCGGGUACUCCUUCGCCCAGCCGACGAACGCUGGCAACAAGGAACAUUCAUUCUAUCCGUAUACUGAUAAUGGAGGCUCGGUCCUAGGCAUAACGGGAAAGGAUUUCGCUGUCCUUGCUGGCGACACCCGUUCGACUUCCGGGUACAACAUUAACUCUCGCUACGUUCCGAAGGUUUUCAAGAUUGGAGGAGAAGAUGAAACCGGAAAAGGCGCUCACAUCCUCCUGUCAGUGGUGGGCUUCGCUGCAGAUGGCCUAGCUCUCAAGGAGAGACUGGAUGCAGUUGUGAAGAUGUAUAAGUACCAACACGGGAAACCCAUGAGUGUGAGAGCAUGUGCGCAGCGACUAUCAACCAUUCUCUACCAGAAGAGGUUCUUUCCAUACUACGUGCAGGCAAUCCUGGCCGGCUUAGACGAAGAGGGCAAGGGGGCGCUGUACGGUUACGACCCGGUAGGCUCAUAUGAACGGGAACAGUGCAGGUCUGCUGGAGCCGCGUCUAGCUUAAUUAUGCCGUUCCUGGACAACCAGGUCAACUUGAAGAACCAGUAUAUUCCUGGAAGUGGAGAGGGACACGCUCUAGAAGCUAGGAAACCUGAGCCGAUGUCAAGAGAGACGGUGGAACAACUUGUGCGAGAUGCGUUUACAAGCGCGGUGGAGAGACAUAUUGAGGUUGGAGAUGGCCUACAGAUGCUGGUUAUUACUGCAGAUGGGAUAGAGGAGGUCUAUCACCCCUUGAAGAAGGAUUAAUGCGAAUCAGACCUAUCCUGUCAGUAAAUUUUGAAACUUCGUUAAUCAGUCAAAUCCAUAUUAUUCUUGUUAAGAUGGUG